UGGAAAAUGAUUGUUCUAGAAUGAGCACAUCGCUGUCAAAAAUUUAUCUGCUGACUGAAAACUACAUGUGAAACGCAUGAAAAAUUGUUUGGAAAUUGUGCUGGUGCUUUAGUGAAUGACACGAGUGUAAUUUUUAGAUCUAUAGUAAGUGUUUAGUUUUGCUGAAACGGUAUAUGUAUUUUUGAUUUAUAAAUUGUGAGAAAAGUGAAAUGCCCCUACGAGGAAGAAGUUUUCGCGGUUUCCCGUUCGACGAGGAGGAGGGCACGGGCGCGUGGAGCGAGCUAGCGGCGCGCCACCCGGACAUCGCGGCGCGACUGCGCCAGCGCCCCUCCACCUGGGCCAGGAAGCGGCGCCCCUCCAGCCAGGACGGCGUACACGACACAGCCGACAGUUUCGGUGAUUUCGACAGAUUCCCCUUCGACGACAUCCCGCAAGACUUCAGAGAACACUUCCCCUCGCAUUGGAACAGGAGGUUCGGCUCACGGGAGGAGCCCUUCCAGCAGCCGCCCAGCUCCCCGCCGCAGUCGCCGCAGCAGCAGACCAUCGCCACACAGACUGAGCACGACGCCGGGCCCUCGCACGACGAGCAGACCUUACCCCAGUACGGCCUACGGAACACAGUUGAUCUAGGACAAAAGAGCGCCACAGACCCCAGCGUCGUUGAUGCGGACGAGAGAGCGCACAGGUCUAUGUCAGCGCCCCCCGACCAACGCACAGUGAACCCCAACAGCAAAAUGAGCGGACACAACCAGGACCACCCGCACCCGCCGCCGCAGCCCGAGCAGCAUUCGAACGUCCGGCACAUCCCUAUAUUCGUAGAAGGCAGAGAUGAGCCCGUGAUAAACAGAUCCGUCGACCACGGUACUCACUACGCCGACCCCAAACCCACAUAUGUUCCUCCGCCUCAACCACAUAUCGAUAGAGAACAGUACUUCGCAGAUGAGGGUCCCGUUGGUUUCCCGUUCUCGAAGAAUUUCUUCAGGCAAUCGCCGCAACCUUUCACCAAACAAAAAAUGUACCCGCAAGCGUACGCCCGAGGUGGAUCGCCGCAAAGAUCUCAGUCGCCUAAACCUCAGAGUUAUCACGAGCACACCUCGCCGCGACAGGAAAUGCCGUCCAGACCGCAACAGAAGCAAGCCCCGCCGCAACAGAAGCAAUCUCCCCCACAACAGAGGCAGCCUCCUCAGCAACAAAAGCAACCAUCGCCUCAACAACGGCCGACUACCCCACAACGUGCGACUUCUCCCCAAGCCGCACACCACGAGCCGGCUCCGCCACAAACCCCGCCUCAACAGCAAGCUCCCUGCAACGAUUCCCUUAAACAAAUUCUCAGUAUUCAAGCAGACGUCCUCAAUCUCAUAACGGAAGUUGAAAACUUCAAGGGAACGAAAAAAGACAAACAUUAUUUAUACUUAGAUGAGAUGCUGACGAGGAAUCUCAUAAAGUUAGAUAACAUCGAGACAGAUGGCAAAGAGAGCAUAAGACAGGGUAGGAAGGAGGUAAUUAAGUGCAUUAACGAUUGUAUAGCAAUGCUUGAGAAGAAAGCUGAAAGUAGGGCCCUCACCACUCCUCCUCCGCAAGACGUGGAAAUGCAGAACAAUGCAAAUGAAGCUCCAGCUGUAGCAGAACAAGCCGUCCAGAAUGGUGACGUAGAAAUGAAAGAACCUACCAAAGAGGAAGAAAACGUCCAACCACAAGUAGAACAGCAGCAAUUACAGGAAAAUCCAACUUCACCACAAGCACCAGUAGAAGCAGAGAUGAAAGACGAGCAGAGACCAGAAGAAACAAAACAAGAAGAACAGCAGCCUACCGAGAACAAAGACGCUGCACAGACUCAAACAUCUGAACAACUACAACAAACAAAACAAGAAGAAGUUGUGCAAGAGCCACAACUUCCUCAAGAGGUUGUUGAGAAGAAACAGACCCCAAAGAAAACUGGAAAGAAACGGGACAAGAGCAAAGAUAAAAAAGAAGUUUCAAAGGAAAAUAAAAAAGAUGUCGUAGAUAAGAAAGAAGCAAAAGAUUGUAACGAUAAUAAAGAUAGCGUAGGUAAGACAGAAGUGAUUGAAAAUGUUGUAAAUAAAGAAGAAAUUGAAAAUAAAAAAGAAAUUGUAGAUAAUAAUGAAAAAAAGGAAGAAGUGAUGCAAGUUGACGUUAAAGGCGAUACAAAUAAACCCAAUUCGCAGGCGAUGGAAGUGGACAGUGCUGCUAGUCAAUAAAUUUAGUUUGCGUUAGUGAAUUGUUGUAGCCACACGGCUAGACGCCGUCGCACGAGGCCUACUACUAGAGCCCUGAUUCUGGAUGACAUCCAAAUUUUAAUGAUUCACUAAACUUUGAUAUUUCUCAGUGCACUCAAAAAAUGUGGUUUUAAUAUUGUGUUGUAGUCUCAACGCCUGUUUUUUUAGCAUAAAUGAUUAUAUUUGUAUUAGAGUAGGAAUACUCUGUAUGUAAAUAAAUAAAGUUGAGAUGAUCAUAAGUUUGUUGCAAGAACUGAUCCAUACUUAGGGGUUAAUUUGUUGGUUAAACAUGCAAUUCACCUAAAACGAAUUUGCACGACAUAGUAAAGUAGGCGUCCACAUAUCCGCAUUGCAUUAAACGAUUUUUAAAUUUUACGGUAAAUAAAAUCCGUACGAUGCGGAUCAGUAGACGCACUUGUAUGACUUUUUAUACAAAGAAUACUGCAAUCCGUUUUGAUGCGAUGCGUCCGAUACGGAUAUGUGGACGCCUACCAUUAGUCAACUGCAUAAUUUUUACUUACCUAGCUUUUUCCACUUUCGAUCAUGCCUACAAUUUAGGCUCAACCAUUAAUUGCACCUGCCAACUAGUUCACGUUCAAGGUCAAUUCAAGGUUAAGGAGAGCUAACGAUUUGAAUGUCAUGCAGAAUAUAUAAAGCAAAAAUCAGGGGUAUCCACCCAGCCUUUUAAUUCUUAGUGUUAAUUCUUUGUGCAUAUGAGCUGUAACACUGGUUGCCACCUUGUAUUGUUUAUGUUUGUACAUUUGAAAGCUAUGCAUUUAUUUGGCAACAUUUGAUGCGCAACAUGUAAUUUUUCGUAUUCAAUUUGAGCGACAGUUGUCUGUAAAUAAUAAUACUACAUAUCACAUAACCAUGUGAUAAGUAUUGUAACGUUGAUAAUAAUAGUAUAGUUUAUACUUAUAUGUCCAAGGUUUAUACUAACAACAGUAUUACUAGACUAUUAGAAAACACUGUAAUUCUUUAUCCUUCUACUGCUUUGAUGCAGGUUUUUUUUAAUGUUGCUUGUUGUACGUCAAAUAUUGCCAUGUGAAAACGUGGCUUAUUUUUUUUUAAUAACGCAACGUCGCAUUAUAGAUGCUGUCCUUUAGGGUUUAAAAUGGUCUCCUCUUAUUUAAAAUCCUAAUAUUUAAUUAAUUUAUUGUUUAUCAUAACUUGAUAACACAAUUUUUCUCAAUAAAUGAUGAUAUAUUAA